AUGACUGAUAAGCUAUUGGGACCAUCUGUAGAUUGUGGAUACUUAGACAUGCUGGGCCUGAGGAAGAAUCACCCUGGACAGAUGCCCAAACCCAAGAGGCCGGAUCCAGCUGGCCUUUCCAAACCCAAGAGGCCUGAUCCAGCUGGCCUUUGCAGGCCUCAAGUACAAACUGAUGUUAGAUGGAAAAAACAAUGGGUUGAAUCUAAACAUAGGCUGAAUUAUGGUAAAUUUCAGCUCACUGUAGGAAAAUUUUGCAGAGACAAAGAAUAGGGUAAAGGUCUCCAGACCAGUGAAUAUGCCAAGUUUUAUGCCCUCUCCACCAGGUUCAAGCUAUUCAGCAAUGAGAACGAGACCUUGGUGGUUCAGUUUUCAGUAAAACACAAGCAAGGCAUCCAUUGCGGUGGUGGGUUCAUGAAACUCUUUCCUGACACUCUGAACCAGGAGGAUAUGCAUUAAGAAUCCGAGUAUUACAUCAUGUUUGGCCCUGACAUCUGUGGCUUUGGCAACAACAAAGUACAAGUCAUCCCUCGUUAUCAAGGGAAAUCCCAUGAGAACAACAAGACCUUCAAGUGCAGGAUCAAUAAAGACACUCACCUGUACACUCUGAUUAUUUGCCCCAAUGCUACUGACGAGGUCAAAAUUGACAACCAGCAAGUAGCAGCUGGGGACCUGGAGGACGACUGGGACUUCUUGCCUCCCAGGAAGAUAAAAGACCCCUAUGCCCGGAAACCAAGGAAAUGGGAUGAACACCUACAAAUAGAGGAUCUUGAAGAUAAGAAACCUGAGAACUGGGAAGACUUCGGAUAUAUCCCAGACCCGGAAGCCAAGAAGCCAGACGACUGGAAUGAGGCAAUGAAUGCGGAGUGGGAAGGGCCCCUGAUACCAAACCUGAAGGGACAAUGUAAACCUCAGAUCAUUCACGAUCUCAGUUACCAGGGGGAGUGGAUUCAUCCAGAAAUAGACAACCUUGAAUAUAAACCCAACCCAACCAUUUGUCACUAUUAUAACAUUAGUGUCCUUGGCCUGGACCUUUGGCGGGUGAAAUCAGGCUGCAUCUUUGACAAUUUCCUUCUUACAAAUGAUGAAGAGUUUGCAGAAGAGGCUGGAAAUAAGACCUGGGGAAUAAGAAAAGACAUAGAGAAGCAAUGGAGGUUUGCUGGUUUUACAGUUAUCCUUUCUCUCCUGCGACUUAAUUUCAUCUCCGCGCCGGGUUUUCUCAGGCGGCCCCAGCUGCAGGCUCCAGUCCUGCGGCAAAAACUCCGGCGCCAUGAUUUGGGAGCCGCCGCGGCCUGCGCCCAGAGGGCGGGGCCAGGCGGGGCCAGGCGGGGCCAGGAGGGGCCAGGCGGGGCCAGGCGGGGCCAGGCGGGGCCAGGCUGGGCGGGGCGGGCGAGAGGAGGGAAGUUGUCGAAGUUAGGGGAGACGCCCGCCCACCCGCCCGGGCCUCGCCUCCGGCUGCUCCCUCCGCCUCUUCCCCGCCCCGAGCCCCCGUCAGCCAGUCCUUCCUUCCCCUCCCGUGCAUGA